ACGGAUUUCCGAUUCCGAAUUGUCAUUAUAACCCCGGAUUGUAGAAUCGCUGAUUAAUACAACCAUGUUGACUGCACCUCAAGGUCUUGUCCUCGUUCUUGCUGAGAACGGGCCUGUCAUCGCUGAUGAUCGCUUCAACGAUUGGUACAACAACGAGCAUGCACCUGCUCGUUUGACCGUACCUGGGUACAUGACUGCAAUUCGCUAUCAAGCGACAGAUUCCAAAAAGCCCACCCAUCUCACCCUAUAUGAGCUCUCAAGCCCUGACGUCGCGGACGGUCCCGAGUUUCAGGCCCUCAAGCACAAGGCUUCAGACAAUGAGAAGGACAUUUUGCUGAGGGUUCCGUUUCUCAGCCGUAGGAUCUACCAAACGAUUGGUGUUUUCACGCAUCCAGCCUCUACUUCGCCGUUCCCUGGGAGGUAUGUCUUGAUAGCUGAGCUAGAAGUGAAGCCAGAACUCGAAGAGGAAUUCAACAAAUGGUUCAACGAGGAGCACGUGGGAUUGUUGGAGAAGGUUCCGGGUCGGCUGAGAAGUAGAAGUUACUCCUUGGUGAGGUCGAUGGGCCGUGGAGAAGCUGUCGGAAAGCCCGUCUUCAAGUAUCUUGCCAUCCAUGAGUUCGACAAUGGUGAUUACUUGAAGACCCCAGAAUGGGCAGCAGCCCUUGACACGCCCUGGCGAACGAAGGUCAUGGAGGGUGUUCUUGGCAUGGAGGUCCGUCAAUUCGAACUGAACAAGAUCAUGGAAAAGCCUUUGUAGAAUGUAUAUUGGGUUAAUUGUAAAUUGUAGCUAAAUAUUAUACUUCUAUGGAGUAUUGUUGACUUGGCCCCUUCAUCUUGGAGUUUCUUGUCAUUAAUUGCUUCUAUCGUAUCGAAUACAAUGCCUACUUCAAGAGGCGUCUGCUGAC